CACACCCUCCCUGCAUGAUGCAAUCCUAAAGAAAGCUGCUGAAACCUAAAGCUGGUAGAAAGCUGCCUCCCCUCCCCCCUAUGGUGUUGUCUGUGUAGCAGCAAAGCCAAAAAAACAACACUGCUCCUCCAAAGACCUUUUCCACCCUCACUCUCUCUCUCUCCUCUCCCCUCUCCUCGCCCUCUCUCUCUCUCUCAAAUUCAUUCCUAGCUGUACCCACAUCUCUCUCCCCCGGCCCUUUUGUUUUGUUUAUUCACAACUCUCCUCCGUCCUCGCUCUCAUCUGGUCCGCACUCCGGAGGAGUGAUUUACCUCCCCCUCCGGCCUCCAAUCUUAUAUAGAGAUGCCUCAAUUCCAUUGCCCCAUUCCCAUCGCCUGACCUCCAGCUCCAGGCUUUUGAAUUGUGAUCGUGAGAGCAAGUAGAACACGGAGAGAUUUGUUUGCACAGUUGCAGGAGAGAGGAUAUAUACAGGGAGUCGGUUCUUUGGUUUGCUGAUUUGCUUGGGGUGGCAUUUUGUUACCCAACCAAAGACUGAUCUAGCGAGAAGGAGAGGCACACAAGUGACGGCAGUGCCGUGCGCGCGGCGCCACCCCCACCACACCAUGUUGAGUUCUUGCGCGCCAACGACGGCCUUUCCGCCCCCAGAGGCGGGGGCCGCCGCGCCACCGGAGCCGUUCCGGUCUCUGCAGAUCGCCACGACCACCAGCGCCGCCGGGGCCAAGAAGAAGCGGCGUCCCGCCGGCACUCCUGACCCCGACGCGGAGGUGGUGUCGCUGUCGCCGCGGACGCUGCUGGAGUCGGACCGGUACGUGUGCGAGAUCUGCGGGCAGGGGUUCCAGCGCGACCAGAACCUGCAGAUGCACCGGCGGCGGCACAAGGUGCCGUGGAAGCUGCUGAAGCGGGAGGCCGGGGAGGCGGCGCGGAAGCGCGUGUUCGUGUGCCCGGAGCCGAGCUGCCUGCACCACGACCCCUCGCACGCGCUGGGCGACCUCGUCGGCAUCAAGAAGCACUUCCGCCGCAAGCACAGCGGCCACCGCCAGUGGGCCUGCGCCCGCUGCUCCAAGGCCUACGCCGUCCACUCCGACUACAAGGCCCACCUCAAGACCUGCGGCACCCGCGGCCACACCUGCGACUGCGGCCGCGUCUUCUCCCGGGUGGAGAGCUUUAUCGAGCACCAGGACACGUGCAACGCCGGCCGGACGCGGGCCGAGACGUCGUCGUCCCCGGCUAGUGGUGGUGGCUACGGCGGCGGCACCGGCGCCGGGUUCUGCGUGGCCGCAGCUGCCUCCACGUCCCAGCAACGUCACCUGCAUGCCGCCGCCGCCGCGGCGGCGGCGUUGUCUCGGACGGCGUCUAGUGCGAGCCCAUCAAGCGGCGGCGAGUUUGGGGUGAGCCAGCAGGUCGCCUGCUGGCCUGGUCCGGCGAUGGCGAGCCCCACGGCCGCCGCGACGUUCCACAGGUUCGACCAGGCUCUGUCGCCUCCGACGCCGCACGAGCGUCCUGGAGGCAUCCACAACCUGGAGCUCCAGCUCAUGCCGCCGCGCGGCAGCGCCGCCAGCUACUACGAGGGGGCUGCAGGUGCAGCUCCUGCAGCUGCCGUCAGGUGCUGCGCCUCGCCGCAUUAUUCGCCUGCUGUACAUGUUCCGCAGCCGGGCGCCGACCCGAUGCGGCUGCAGCUGUCGAUCGGGUUCGGCGGCGGCGACGGCGAGACGUCGGCGCCGGCAGCGGCGGCGAGGCUGAAGGAGGAGGCCCGGGAGCAGCUGCGGCUGGCGAUGGCGGAGAAGGCGGCGGCCGACGACGCCCGGGCGCAGGCGCGGCGGCAGGCGGAGCUGGCCGAGCAGGAGCUGGCGGCCGCCCGGCGCAUGCGGCAGCAGGCGCAGGCGGAGCUGGGCCGCGCGCACGCGCUCCGGGACCACGCCGUGCGGCAGGUGGACGCCACGCUGCUGCAGGUCACCUGCUACAGCUGCCGCUGCAAGUUCCGGGCGCGUGUGACUGGCGGCGGCGCCAUGAGCUCCGAGGUGGCCAGCUACGUCUCCUCCGUUGUCACGGCCGAGGGCGGCGACGCCGAGGUGGACGACGACGACCCGUACCGCCACCACCGGCAGCUCACCGCCGACGACGACGCGCCGAGCCACGCUAGGAUGAUGGACAUCAACUAGCGGCCGGCCGGCGCCCGGCCAUCUCGUACUCGUACGUCAUGCAUGCAACAUUUCUUUCCCUCCUCCUCCUUCCUCCCCAGCUCGCCCAUGCAUGCACUCCUUUCUGGCUAGCAGGCAUGGACGAGAGGCCGUGAUGGAUGGAUCGUGGAUGUGCGAUGUGGUAGCAGCUGCUUGGUGGUGGUCUCUGACUAGAUGUGGUGAUAGUGCAGAGUGCUAGUCUAGACUCUCACGGCCGGCGGCCGGCGGGGAGUCAUGCUUGAGCGCAAAAGUGAAGCUAGUAGCUAAUUACGACGUGCAUGGAAUCUUUCGCUUGUUUGCUUGCUGUUGGACUUUCUUACAAUAACAUUUGUUCGAUCGAUCCGGACUCAGCAGGAGCAUUCCGGCUGCAGCUGGUGCUGUCGAAACCGAGAAAGAAUGCAUGCAUGGCAGCUCUUGUCACUUCUUGUCAUCGUUUCAGCUAAACUAACAUCUCGAUAGAUGCAGUUAGGCUACAAGCCUACAACAGUUUUGCUACUGUGCUACCGGUUUUACGAUUUGUUUUUCUGGUUACACUAUGGCAGCAGGGAAGAGGGAUUGGAGUUGGGUAGUAGGGGUAAAAGGCAUAUAUAGUUGACAUGAGAAGGCAUAUUUUAAGUGUUAACGACAAUGCAUCUCCGGGGCAUUCACGAUAGUAUUGCAUGUUUUUGUGUGCGUUGGGGAGUCUAUGUAGCAUCUCCAACAACGCGACCUAGAAAAAUAUCAUAUAAUUUAAAAGGAGUAUAUUUUAUAAAAUUUAGGGCACCAACAAAACAUCCCGCUCCAACAGUAAAGUCUCAAAUCUAGAUUAUAGGACAACCCAGUAUAUUUGAGGCACUUAAUAGGCUGCUCUAUAAUUUUUUGACCAAAUUUUAUGAAAUGAGGCACUGUUGGAGUAUUUUUUUCCCUACGUAUUUCAGUUUGAUGCACUGAUUUGAGGCAUUGUUGAAGAUGCUCUUAUAGUUAUAGAACAUUGCAAGACAAGGUGAUUUCUCACUAAUUUUGCACAAGGGGAAAAUUCAUGACAUCUGACCUCAACUGAAUGGUUUACCUCUUCAGCUAACAUUUAAUCCACUUCGUUCAUAUACUCCAACCACUUAAAUUCAGGGGUAUUUUACACCAUUUAGGGCUAGUUUCGAAACUUAAAUCCCCUUUGAUUAGAGGGGAUUGAGAGGGAAAUUAAUCCAUUUCCACUUCAAUCCCAUCCAAUCCUAAGGGGAUGAGUUUCCAAACUAGCCCUUAACACUUAUUUGAAUACACCUAUAUUAAUCUCUACCCACAUAUGUCAAAGUAGAUUGAGGUAAAACAUUAUUAACUAAUUUUUACCAGAGUUCACUUUAACACACAUAAAUUAAGGUGAAUAUAACCAUAUAGGUGCAUCUAGAAAAACUCUUAGUUUCUUUUGCGAGAAGGCACCACUUAAUUUGUAGAAGGACUUCCCGGAUUUGAAAAAUGUUUUUGGAGAUUCUUUUGGGAAAAAAGAGAAAAGUUACUAGGGCUAGAAUGGGCGUGCCACUACCGCUUAUAGGUACAUAGUUGGAGGCUGGAGCAGUGGGAUGUCUUAAGGGCGUGGAGAAAAGCACUAGUUCAUGAGUCACAGUGUCCUAUUACUAGAUCUAACUAUGUACCAUUCACCAUAAUGUCGAAUAUAGGGAUUCUUUGUUAACCCAGCUCCAGCCUCCAACAUUGUCCUUAAGGCAAUGUGAACUCUUUGGAAGGUGAGAACAAUACAACUUAGACUGUAUAAACAAUACAACAUUGUCCUUAAGGAAAUAAGAACAAUACAACAUUGUUCUUAUUGGACCAUUUGUCAAAUAAAAGGUGAGAACAAAAAAGGAGGUUUAUGA